AUGGAUCAAAGAAAAAUACCUGUUAACAUUAAAAUUAAUAUCUUUAGAUAUAUUAAAAACCCAUUAAAUCUUAUACUGUCUUGUAAAGAAUGGCGAAACGUAGCCAACAAUAGCGAGGCUAAAGCCGAGUGGAUUAUUAGUAACCACGGAAAGGCACAUGCUCUUUUUCACGCUGUGAAAUUAGGUCCCUUUUUUAUCGAUUUGCCUACCGCCCAAGCUUUGAUUACUAAGGGCGCAGUUCUUUCAAGAUAUUUCGUUCAAAGGCUUCUUUUGCAUUAUGGAAGUUACGAUCCAACAUUAAUUGGGUUAAAGAUUACUCAUAAUGUUGGACAAAUUGACCCCAAUCGAAUAAAAUCGUUACAACAAAAAAUACGCGCACCUUGGGCUAGUGACAUACAAUUAUCCGUCUUUGCUUAUUUUCUAACGAUGGCGCAAAAUCAAUUUGAAACAAUUGAAUGGGUUCGACCGGACGUUAAGGCUAUUACUGAACGACUCAUGGAAUUAGUUGAACUUAAAUUUCAACUGAAUUAUAAUGUUAUUAUCAAAAUCCUUUAUUUGUUUGAGGACAGAUUAGAAGAUAUCGGUGAAACAUUAAUGGAAUCAUUUAUGUAUAUUAAACAAGACACCCGAGAGAAUUUUUCGGAUCUUUGUUUGAUAGAAUCAUUAAAGCCUCAUCAUAAUUCAAACAAAUAUCAAGUUUGGGAUUUUCUUUAUGUUUUUGUUCAAAAUAAUCCUGAAAUUGCUUUCAAUAAAGUUCUUAACCAUUAUCUUAAAAAAAAUGAAAAUUUAAUAAAGGAAUCGGAAAUCCCAAAACUUUCAUUGUCAUCAAAUUUCUAUGAUUGGAUAAUUAAAACAUUUGGUUCAGAUGCACAGAACACAAAACUUUGUUUUGAAGACAUAUUAAAAGCUCGUAUUGGUAUAGAUAAACAACUUCAGCAAAAUACUAAUGGAGACAUACCCCCCGGAAUAAAUCAACAUGAAUUUCACGCAAUUUGCAAUAUUUAUAAAGUUUAUUGCAACACAAGCAAUUUUUAUCUUCCAUCUCAUUUAGUCAUGAUCUCUCAAUGCACUAGUCAGGAAAUCCUAGCACCAUUAUUCAAAUAUUAUCUACCUGAUUUAUUUAAUGUAGAAAAGACCUUUGAAUUACCAAUGCAAGUUUUUGAUGACUCUGAUAAUAAUUAUAAUCAUAUAUUUCCAAAAUCUACUAAGAAAAAGAGAAAAAAACGACUAUUAAAAGAGUGGAAUCAAGCAUUGUACGAUAUAUCAGCUCAUAAUAAUACUCAAUUCAG